AUGGAGGUUACUAUUCAACAUGACGAAGUUGACGAGAUGAUCUACACAACAACCGUACGAACAUUAAACCAAAAAGCCACCGCAGUGGAGACCUUAUGGAAUGGAUCAGACUUGUGCUAUUCAAAUCAUUCGCUAAUCAACAAUUGGGUAUCCAAAAUAAAAAAGACUCAAGAGAAAAAGAAAGAAAAAACAUUAAUCUUGAGUCUUUUUGCUGAUCGUAGUGCACAAUACAAGAAUAACAACUUCUCAUACUAUGACUGCAAAGGCCAAGUAUCAAAGGCUCCUUUUGAACUCUUACAACUUUGUGUUGAUAAUCACUGCCUCUUCUAUGAGCUUGAUGGAUAUUAUUGUAAGAAAUAUCCUAUGUCUUUGUGGAAACUAUUGUCUGACAACAAGACCACCGUAGUUGGCGUAGGGAUUGAGGACGUGGUCAAGAAACUGGAGAAGGAUUAUAAUAUGAAGAUUAGCAAGUGGGUGGACUUGAGAGAUAAGGCUAGGGAAAAGGGUAUUUUUGGUGAAAUUGCUAAUAAUUGUAGUGUGGAGAAAUUGGCUAAGAAGGUUUUGGGUUAA